CGACAAGAAUGGUAUUGUUAAACGGCUCAAUUUGAGCUAAUUUUUAAAAACGGCUAACUCAAUAUUUUAUCCAGAAAUAUUAAUCAAGAAGAAUUUGGUCAUAGAUGCCACAAAGAUUUGAACCGCAUGAAAAUUAUUUAAAAUGAGAUCUCGAAUUCUUAUUGACACCCCUUUAUCUGCCACUUGCAAACAAAAGGAAUGCAUCCCGGUUGUUGCCUGCUGUGUCGAAACUCUACUAUCAAGCAUGCAACCCCUAGAUCAUCCUCUCUUUUUGUCAUUGCUAAAUGGCUCUGGGCAGAAGUUGAAUUACCAUAUGAAACUCAUAUUUCUAGCCUUGUGGGCACUCGCUUUCUGCCAUCAUACCCUAUGCCAUUUACGUUUAACUUUUCCUCUUCCGAGGAAAUUAUCAACUGAUUUCAUGCACGAAAACCCACCUUGCGGCAACACCGUUAAAAGUUUGGUUCCAUUUCCGCUUAAAAGAAAAAACUUUUACAAAAUAACAUGGGACGUUACUCACUCCCUUCCUGGACUUAUCAAAUUGCAGUUAUUAGAUUCGCAAGGGAAUUUAGUAUAUAACAUAUCCGAAACUAGCUGUAGCAAUGGUUCAAUGCAUGUUCAAUCCUUGUUAUGGACAGUUCCGGACACCAUGAACUGUCCUGAUUGUAUUUUAAGGUUGAGCCAGAACGUAGAGUUACACGGACAAAAUUACAACCUCUAUAGUUGCGCUGAUGUAUCUAUUAGUUCGAAUUACACCCUGUUAUGUUAUAAUAGAGGUUACCCUGUUAACGGAAAGUGUUUAUGCCGACAACUUAAUAGAGGUGAGUAUUGUCAGUUUGAAAACGAGUGCGAAGAUCAGGAGGAUUGCGGAGGUGGAAAGAGGGGAUCUUGUAAACAAUACAGCAGAACCUACUUUCCUCAAAAAAUGUGUUAUUGUCAUCAUGGCUUUUACAUGUCCAAAUGCUCAGCGAAAUCUGAUAUUAACCGCUUUGCCUUCUCGCCAGAUAAAGCUCUAACUUUAGGUUACGAAAGUCAUGAUCUUUGUCCGAACUGCCCACUUAAGAUGUUUUGGAAAAUUCUGGAAGAUACCUGUGAAAUAGAGAUUGUCUUGAUGGGGCCUAUCAAUAUGCAAAUAGGCCUGGGAUGGAGAUGGAAUAAUUUCACUACUCUAUGCCGGAAUUUUCCCUUUUACAUGCCAUCCUUUAACGAUAAUUCAUUAGAUCCGUUCGAAUGUUUAGACGUUGUUACUGGGCAAGCUCAUGGGAACUCUUUAAGAGUUGAGGAUAGAUACGCGCAAACAAGUUUCGCAUCUCCAGAAAUGGACACUUUCUAUGGGUCAAGUUCGGAUGAUUUUGGAAGUGCUAUGGCCACUGAAUCUCUAUUCCACCUCUUCGUAAUAUUUACCAAAAAAAUUGGUGGAUAUUCUUACAUCAAUAGACCUAUUCAUCUCAAGGUCCCUGAUAAUUUUAGGAACAAACGUCAAGUGAAAACUGAUUCUAAUUUUACAUCACCAAUUAAUUUAGACGUCGCUGAAAGCAUUCAAAAAAGAGAAAGCAACGAAAAUAAGUAUACAGAUCAAUUGUAUCGGGCCGACCCUUUUGAUAUUCCUAUAAUAGACGGCCCUAUGCAUCUGGCAUGGGGUCUUUAUCCUGAAUCUAAAGGAGCCAGAUUUAAUUUUGGUAUGAUAGACGAAAACAGUAAGGGUUUUGUACUUUUGGAUAUGUGUAAAGGGAAGUGCGAUAAAUGUAGGAUUAAAAAGGAAAGAGUAAAGGAAACGAAUUAUUUUGAUCAAUUGAAUGAUAACUUGGAUAAUAGAAUAAUCGACGUUGAUUCUGGGGAGUCAAGAUUAGAGGAGAAUAGUAAUGUUGAGCCCGACCAAGAAAAUAAUGCUGAGGUGCCCUAUAAUAAGAAUUAUUACGAGAGGAGAAAUGUAAAGGGUGGCAGAGAUGAUGUUAUUAAAAAGUUGUUAUCGAAAAACAAAAAUAUUACUUAUAUUGAAAAAAAUAUUAAUUUGGUACAAUUGAACAAUAAAAGCUCGCUUGUUCCAAAGGUCAAUGAUUUUAAAAAACUGCGAAAAGAAGAAAAUCAAGGCGAUAAAAAUGAAAGCAUUGUCAUUUACAAGUUUAGGAAUAGCGGGAAAGAGCCAACGAUUGAAAUGUUUAGCAAGUUUGAUUUUGAGAGCAACAUAUUUGAUAUGAAUGAUACGAUGAAGAAUAAAUUAUCAUCGCAAAGCGAGUCGGUUGAUCUAAUUUCUCCUAUCAUCCGUUUGAAUGGAUCGUCUAAAAUGUACAAAUAUUUUGUUUCUCCAGAUAUAUAUGUUUUACCGAAUGCUCAGUCACAGAUUUUUAGUAAAUUAUACCCACUAUCGUUAAAUGGGGCGAAUAAGAUCUCACCCAUAAAAUUACAAAAGUUGAAUGGAACUCAGAAAGGACAAGAAGAACCUCCAUUUUCAAUGUAUAGUACCAAAAAAUUAAAAGAUAAUAAGAUAUUAGAAGAUCUUGUUGAAUUAGAGACAUUUAAUUUUACAGAUCAUAAUAAAGUAAUGGAAACAGACGGUGAUAAUGAAAAGAUAUCUGAGAAGCUGGAAAGAUUUUUUAAAAACCAUACCACUUUAGGCAAUGUAAUGGAUCCAUCCAUCAAUAUCACAAUUUUUCGCAAUAUUUCAUCUAACAUUAAAAGCAAUUAUUCUAUUCCGGUUCAGGAGGAAAUUUCAAUUAAUAUCACAAAUAUAACUAACUUUAGUUCUGCCAAUACAUAUACAAGUUUGGUUAAGCCUGUUGAUAAUAACACAGAGAUAUUUAUACCUAAUAACAUCACAGAAACUAUUUUGAAUAAUGGCACAUUGGUAUCAUCAAGUUCCCCCAUGUCAGAGUUGAAUGAAACAACUACAUUAUCAAGUUUCACAAAUAUUUCAAAUUCGAUAGUUAUUGUAAAUGCUAAUGUAACUAGAGAAGAUUUGGUCAUCAAUAUUGAUGAAGCAACGAUUCCUGAAGAUCAAAUAAAUGUAUCCGCGGUCACCACUAAAAUGUUCACCCAAAAUAGUUUUUCAUCUUUUAAUUCAACCACUUUUAUAUCAAAUAAAUCAGAGAUUGUAACAAGUAAUAAUAUGGUGAUAAAUAAUAACUCCGAGUUGUUAAACACGACUAAAAUCUUAAAUUAUACUCAAGUAACAUUACUAGGAAAUUUCUCUAACAAAACCGUUACUUUCCCGCCCACUAGGAGUUUAAUGAUAGAAAGUAUAAUAAAUGAACUUACUAAACCUCCUCUCAGAAUUAAAACCUUGGGCAAUUUAAAUGAUACAUUUGUAAAUAAAGCAGUUACAAAUAAAAGUUUAUAUUCAAAAUCCUCUUUUAGUAAUACAAUAUUUACCAAUAACCCCAGCAUAAACGACUAUAAAUCAAAUACAACUGUAAAUUUUACUCCUAUAUCUACUGAUAUCUCCAAUAUAAUUGUAACAGAUGAUGUUAUUGAUAUACUCAAUAAAUUGGAAGAUGCUGACAUCUCAUUGAAUAACACUGAAUUUUUGGAAAACCACACUAUGUUACCAAACGAUUAUAAAUUCGAUACAAGUGAACUUGUUUAUUCCACAUCUACUGAUAUUUCUAAUAAAAUUGUAAUAGAUGAUGAUGUAUUAGUUAAAAAAUUGAAAGCGACUGAAAACUCGUUGAAUAUCAGCAUCAUAUCUCUGGAACCUUCCACUAAAUUACUAUCGAGCAAAAUUGAUGAAAAAGAAGAGUCCGAAAAGUUUAAUUUCAGCAAGUUUAUAUAAAAACAUUAUCCGCUUAUUGAAUGUCAAAUUUAAAUAUUCUAAAGGUCUUGGUUUUAUUAUAAUUAUAUAAAUUAAAUUUUUUCGCUGAAAUCUCCUUGUAAUAAUUAUUUUUUAAAAUUAUAUCUCAUAAUAAUUAAAAUGUUUAUUGCGAAAGAUAUUUUAAUCAAUUCUUAAAAUUAUUAU